GUGUCUUGACUGAAUUGUAAGCACUAGACUCUUCAACCAAACCCUUUCAAGGACAGGCUCAGCGUUAUGCAAUAUCCGUACCUCGAGUCAAACUACAUGUCAAAUUACAUGUCACUGGUACACUCAGCAUCCAUCAUGAGAUAGAUCACUCGCGUCUGAAGCGGAUCCGGCCUGGCCGAUGCACAACUGUAAGAUUGGCCACAUGCUACCUCCCAUGCCAAUACGUGGUCAUGGUAGACCUUUUCCCAACCUCUUUUGAUAGAACCGAAGUCUCCUUCUUCUUUUUCAGACCUUCGCCCUCUGAUCGUCUUCAUUCUUGUGGUUUCUUCCCUUGCACUUGCACCACUCCGCAUCGCCUGCUGAGCCAGCCAGUCCUGCAGCUUGCUUGCUUGCUUGCUUCAUCAUGAAGACCUCUUGGUUGCUGUUUCUUGUUGAGCUGGCGCUUCUUGCGCGCAAGGCCAACUGCACCAACACCCCUUUGCUCCCCUACGACCCGGAGACAACCUCGGACUGCGCCGACUGGUUCAAUAACGAGGAUGACAGGACUUGCGAAUGGGUACGCGAUUACUUCAGGGCUACCCCAGAAGAGUUCAGCCGUUGGAACCCAUCUGUCGGUCUCGACUGCCAGCCUUGGUACAAUUGGAACUCAUACUGCGUCAUUACAUGGACCAAGUUCAACGAAUCCCAGCCGACGACUUCAUCCAAGACUGCCACCGCCUCGUCCACCUCCACCGCGCCCACCCUUGGUCCUUCCCCAACCGCCUGGACUAACAUGGGCUGCUACGUCGAGGACCCCGACAUGCCGCUCCUCGACAUCAACUUCAACCCCAACGGCGACCCGUCUCUGAGCGUCCCCAAGUGCUGGCAAACAUGCUACCGCCGCUUCUACAAGUACGCUGGUCUCCAGAACGGCAACCAGUGCUGGUGCGGCUCUUACGUCGGCGGCGAGUGGGCAGUGAACCAGACAGAUUGCAGUUCGCCUUGCACCGGCAGUCCCAGCACCUUCUGUGGCGGCCCGGCCCUUCUCCAAAUCUACAAGGCCGAGGAGAACGCGCCUCCCAUGGCCACCACCACUACCGGCGCUGCCGGUGCGACCACCACCGCCGCUUCUGAAGCAAGGCGUGACGCCGGGGCGGUCAAGAACCCCGGUAUGUUUUGGAGCCCGCUGGACUAGCUUGGGCGGAACGCAGAGCGACGAAUGGGUCUUUGAGGCUGAUUUAGUGGUUGCUUAGACGGUCGCUUGUCCAUGGCAUGGCUCUUUGGAUUCGGAUAUCUGGUCUACUCUGGCAUGGUGGAUAUAUUGUAAUGAAUGUCACGCGUGUUUGGUGCCUUGAUCAUUCAAAAGUUCCACGUUCAACUCGUAAGAUCGCGG